AUGGCCCCUCCGCAUAACCAGAAGCGCGUUAAGGGCGUUCAAAUAUUCAGACCUUUCGUCAUUGGCACCGUGGCAACCUUGUUCGGACCCGACAACCCAAAGCCCCCUGGGACACCAGAGGAACAUACGCAUUCCUGGACCGUAUUCGUGAAGGGUGUCGAUGACACGGAUAUCACUUACUGGUGCAGGAAGGUCCAAUUCAAACUGCACGAGACGAUUCCAAACCAUCUACGAACCAUCGAAGCAGCCGCGCCGGGUGAGCCCUUCGAAGUCCACGAGACAGGAUGGGGAGAAUUCGAAGUCACCAUCAAGCUCUACUACCCCCCCGAGUCCCUCGAAAAACCACAAACUACGUACCAUCACCUCUACCUCCAUCCCUACGGCACUGAGAAAGAGAAGGAGGAGAUGCGAGCUAGCGGUCGCGUCAGGUCCUGGCAAUACGAGGAGCAGCUCUUUAAUGAGCCAUAUGAGCAAUUUUAUGAGAUACUGACGAGUCCCAAGGAGAAAAUUAAAGGCGGUGGUGGGAAGGGCACGAGGGUCAUGACGGGUGGUAUGGUGAGCAGUGUUGGAGAAAGGACAGCUAUGAUUCCUUUGACGAAACGCCCGGACCAGCCAUUCGCUAGGGAGACCGAGAAGGAGGAGCUGAAGAAGCUUGAUGCUGCGAAUGUGAGGGUUCAGGAGUUGUUGGAGGAAAUGCAGAGAGAAAUUAAAGCGAAGCAAGCCGAGUUGGACAAGGUCAAGAAUGGUUGA